UGCGCAGCAACAAUAAAUCACGAUUGAAGCUUCAGAGACACAUAUGUAGAAGCACCAGAGCUUGCAGAAUCGAUGAACGGACGUAGUCUGUAGGUAGCAAGGUUUAACGAGAUGACAGAAAGUGAAGAACAAGAGGCUGGAAUCAAGAAAUUCAAUAGUCAUCCUGUUAUCUUAAAGUUUGAUAACGUGACUUACAAGAUCAAUACCAAGAAAACUGGAUUUCGGAUUGGAGAAAGAACAUACUCAAAAUCAAAACUUGAUGAUGAUAGUAAUGAGAAAGUUAUAUUGAAAGGAAUCACUGGUACGGUACAAUCUGGUGAGAUGUUAGCUAUAUUAGGACCUUUAGGUUGUGGUAAAACUUCUCUUUUAACUGCUUUAAGAGGUCGACUAGUUGGCCGACAAGGACAACUUUGUGGAACCAUUACAUACAAUGGGAAACCUUACUUAUCGAAUGCUAUGUACCGAAAUACAGGCUAUGUUGCUCAGGAUGAUAGGUUCUACGCUCAUCUGACAGUUACAGAGUCAUUAAUGUUCACCGCUCUUUUGCGGCUACCCAACACAAUUACCAAGGAAGAAAAGAUUAUCCGAACAGAUGAAGUGAUAACUCAAUUAGGACUAAUUGGAUGUAAAAACAGUAUAAUGGGAGGACCUUUUAUUCGAGGUGUUUCCGGCGGAGAACGGAAGAGAGUUAGCAUUGGUCAGGAAAUCCUGACAAAUCCAAGUUUAUUGCUGCUCGAUGAACCCACGUCUGGUCUUGAUUCGACGUCAGCUCAGCAAGUUGUGUCUAUGUUAAGAGAGUUAGCAAACGAAGGCCAUCGGACAGUGUUAGUGUCAAUUCAUCAACCUUCAAGUAAACUGUUUUACAUGUUCCAUAAGAUAUUGUUGUUGUCAGAUGGCAAUCCUUUAUACUUCGGCAAGGGAAAAGAAACCAUGGAGUAUUUCUCUAGCAUCGGCUAUUCAUCACCUGUUGCCGUGAAUUUUUGUGAUUUCCUUGUUGAUCUAGCAAAUGGUGUUUAUUUGGGUGAUCUAGAUGAGGAAAGAAGAAAGGAUGUUAAACAAAAUCUUGUCUUGGCUUACAAGAACAAUCUUUUUAAUAGACUGAAGGAAGAAGAGAAACUCGAAGUUGGCCAGGAUAAUAUUUCAAGUCGAAUGGACAAAGAUAUUGGCCAGUGGCCUACAACUUGGGGUCAAGAAUUUUCAGUGUUGCUUAAAAGAGAUCUUCUGGAAAGGAAACAUGAAUCACUCUCUAUCAUGCAAAUUGGUCAGAUGUUGGCAGUGUCUUUCCUUAGUGGGAUGCUAUGGUGGAAAUCAAGUAUCAAUCAGAUAGAAGACCGGAUUGGAUUUUUUUUCGCCGCCACCAUGUACUGGAGUCUUUACCCAAUGUUCACUGCAAUCUUGACUUUCCCUCAAGAGCGAAUGAUGCUAAUUAAGGAGCAGUCAUCAAGAAUGUAUAGGCUUUCAUCUUAUUUCAUUGCAAGAAAUGUUGCAGACCUUCCCAUGGAGCUUGCGCUACCAAGCAUAUAUGUCACAAUAACUUACUGGAUGAUAGGACUCAAACCAACAGUAAGAAGCUUUUUAGUGACCCUAGUUGUUAUGCUAUACAAUGUGUUAGUUUCUCAAGGUCUUGGUCUUGCGAUUGGUUCUGUGAUCAUGAAUCCUAGAAUUGGAACAGUUUUUGGUGGAAUAGUAGGUCAAGCAUUCUUGUUAGCCAGUGGGUUUUACAUCAGUAAUGUGCCAAGUUUUGUAGCCUGGAUCAAGUAUAUCUCUCACAAUUAUUAUGUUUACAAACUGUUCUUAGGAUCCCAGUACAAGAAGGAUGAUUUGUAUAAAUGUGGAGCAAAUGUUAGCUGUAGAGUUGGAAGUAAUCCUACUAUUAAGAAAGUUGGACUAGGAAAUGAAGUUAUCUCAGUUGUUGUUUUGGGUUUAUUACUUGUAGGUUAUAGAGUUAUUGCUUAUGUUGCCCUUAAGAGACUCAGAGAAACCAAGUAAAUCUGGAUUGUUGGCAUCAAUGAUCUUGUAAUGUAAUGAUGUACGAUAAUGUAAUUACGGAAUGAGGACGAAUGUUUUCAAUAAGCACUGUACAGAGAACUGAAAUGGUAAAUCUGUGAGGCAAGCUUUAAAUUUUCAA